AAUAAGAGGCAUCAAUAUGGACACGGGGGAUGUUCUCGCAUCUCUGGGUGUGGAAGGCGCCACAGCCGCAGCACAUGCGCUCUCCCUCCCAGCAGAGGCCUACGGCAAUGAUGCUCAGCUGGAGGUGAUGUGGGCUAUGAAAGCCUACAACCACGCAGAGGUUUACUUCAAUCUCAUCUCCUCUGUGGACCCCAAAUUUCUUAAGCUAACAAAAUCUGAUGACAUGAUCUACACUAAAUUCAGGGAAGACUUUCCUGACUUUGAUAUUAAGAUUCUGGAUGCAGAACUUCUCAAGUCACCUGAAGCUAAAGAGAAAUGGAGACCGUUUUGCAACCAUUUUGAACACCUUGUGGAAGACUUUAACUAUGGCACAUUAUUACGUUUGGACUGUGAGAAGGACUACACAGAGGAGAACACGAUAUUUGCCACCAGAAUCCAGUUUUUCGCCAUCGAGAUCGCCAGAAACAGAGAAGGCUACAACAGUGUCGUCUACAACACAAGCGCGAAGACAAAACGGCAGAAGAAAGAGCAGUCUUAGCUCUCACAGCAUUACACUUCAGUGGCCUUGUUCAUGUUGGUGCUUUGGGCCAGUCUGAUGUCCCCAUGAUUCAUCUGUCCUGUGCAAGCUCCACCCACAAAUGUGUUCUUUCAUAGCUACUGUUGUGAGGUUGGACAUGCUUUACAGAACGCUGGUAAAAAUCCCAUUCAGCCUCCUGAAACUACUGAGAAACUGUAGAACAGACUGUUUAUAUCACAAUACCUACAUUUAGAGUCAGUUAUUCAUUCAGCCUAAUGAGAAACUGUAGAACAGACUCGGUUUAUAUCACAACACCUACAUUUAGAGUCAGUUAUUCAUUCAGCCUAAUGAGAAACUGUAGAACAGACUCAGUUUAUAUCACAAUACCUACAUUUAGAGCUGUAACAGUGUAGAUGGCAAUAUUAACUUUGCUUGCUAGCAACACUAAAAACAGCUGAAGCUGGUAAAUGUUCUGUUUAGCCUCAGUUGUUUAUCCCUAAAAACAGUGAUUACACAAAAAAGACUACAAAACUUGUACCUGAACACAUUAUUUGAAGUGUAUAUAUGACUGUUUUGUGAUUUUCGUAUUAGGUUGAAUGAGAUUUCUCCCAGCAUUCCCUACAGCUGGUUCAGCCUCACAUCAGUAGCUACAAAAAAGGCAUUUAUGGGCAGAGCCUGGACAGAUCAGUUCCUAUACAAUGAGGAAUUCACUCUUUUACAGGAAGAACUUCAGGCAUAUGUGGACAAUAAAUUGCAUAAAGAAAUGCCUCAGUAUUUGUAUUUAAGUUGUAACCAUUAUUCAGUAGGGAAGCAUUUUGAUUCCGUUUUUGACAAAUGUCUUGUUUUUGUAACAAAUAAUCAAUAUUCAGACCCCAAA